AUGAAGCCAGCCAUGGAAACUGCAGCGGAGGAAAAUGCAGAACAAAGCCAAGAGAAAAAAGUGAUCACCAGACCAGAAAUGGAAAUUGGCAGGUACCACUGGAUGUACAGGAGUUCAAGGCCACACCGGUACCAUCAUGUGCCAGCAUUGAGAGGCAAUAUUAGUCCUUUGGGGAUUCAAGGUUGCUUUGAAUGUUGCAUUAAGUGCCUAGGAGGAGUGCCAUAUGCUUCACUCGUGGCAACCAUUCUCUGCUUCUCGGGGGUAGCAUUGUUUUGUGGCUGUGGCCAUGUGGCGCUCACGGGAACCGUGUCUAUCCUCGAGCAGCACUUCUCCACGACUGCCAGCGACCAUGCUUUGCUGAGUGAAGUAAUACAGCUAAUGCAGUAUGUAAUUUAUGGCAUUGCAUCAUUUUUCUUCUUGUAUGGAAUAAUCCUUUUGGCAGAAGGUUUUUAUACAACAAGUGCUGUGAAGGAGCUGCAUGGAGAGUUCAAAACAACAGCUUGUGGUCGCUGCAUCAGUGGAAUGUUUGUUUUCCUCACCUAUGUGCUUGGAGUGGCCUGGCUCGGGGUCUUCGGCUUCUCUGCUGUGCCUGUCUUUAUGUUCUAUAACAUAUGGUCAACUUGCGAAGUCAUCAAAUCUCUUCAGACAAACGUGACAGUUCCAGGGGACCAGAUCUGCGUGGAUAUCAGGCAAUACGGUAUUAUCCCUUGGAAUGCUGUACCUGGCAAAGCCUGUGGCCCGAUUUUAGAGAAUAUCUGCAACACGAAUGAGUUCUACAUGUCUUACCACCUGUUCAUUGUGGCUUGUGCUGGAGCUGGUGCCACUGUCAUAGCACUGAUCCACUUCCUCAUGAUACUGUCUUCUAACUGGGCCUACUUAAAGGAUGCAAGCAAAAUGCAGGCCUACCAAGAUAUCAAAGCAAAAGAAGAGCAGGAGCUUCAGGAUAUCCAGUCUCGGUCAAAAGAGCAACUCAAUUCUUACACAUAAAUGUCUGCCACAGUAAUUCAGCAGAAGAAUUCUGUAGCUCUGACAAAUCAACAAAUAGCUGCUCUGCAGUACAGAUGUGUGUCUACCAAACAAAAUUAGAGGGAAGUGCAAAAGCUUCACAUUCCAGCUCCUGGUACACAUUCGUAGGGAAAUCUUCCCAUGGGUAAUCUUCCAUCCUUUCAUACAGAGAAUGGAGGUUUUAUUCCAGGCAUUUUAAAAGGCAACACUUCACAAUAAAUGACCAAAUUAUUAUUCUUUGAGACUUUUCUUAUUUAGUAUUUGUUCUACAGCA